AUGAGCACUAGCAUGCAGGUGAAGUAUGACAAGUAUUGGGGUCAAGCAGACAAUAUGAAUCCAUUGCUUUUUGUGUCUGUCAUUUUGGACCAUCGGUAUAAACUAGCAUAUGUGAAUCAUAUGUUUGAUCUUCUUUAUACUGAUCCUGAAGUAUGCUUGAUUAUGAAUAAGAGGGUUAAAGAUUGUUUGUAUUGGUUGUUUAAUGAGUACUCUGCUGGGGUAUCUAUUGACUCAGGAACUACCUCCACAAGCACAGCAGGUGCAACAUCAUUGCCUUCUUUUGAUGAUGAUGGUGGUGGUGGUGAAGAGGAUCCAGAUUCUGCUACACCUGGAGCUGGAGGGGAGAAUUUAAUGGCUAUUGGCACUAAAUAUGAAGUGUUCUUGAGUUUUAGUAGAGGCAAAGAGACUCCAGAAUCUUUCCCUUCUCGUCUCUAUUCAUCUCUAUGUGAAGCUGGAAUUUCUGUUUUCAAAGAUGAUGUUUCAAUUGAACUAUUGCAAAGCAUUACUGAAACUUAUAAAUUUUCAGUCAUCAUCUUCUCAAAACACUAUGCUAGUUCCAGAAUGUGCCCGGAGGAACUCACAAAAAUAAUGAAGUUUCACAAACUAUAUUAUCAUGUAGUUCUUCCCAUAUUCUAUGAAGUGGGUCGUUCAGAAGUUUGUAAUCAAGAAUCUAGCUUAGGAGAAGCAUUUCAAGGUCUUAUACAAAGAAUUUCACCCACUGAUGAUGAAGUUUCAAGCUGGAGGAGAGCUCUCACAGAAGCUAGAGGAAAAUAUGGGUUUGAUGUGCCUAAUCUUGAGUCCAAGUAA